AUGACCCCCUCGCUCUCCUCAUCCACCGUCAAUGGCACCGCCAAGCCUGCGGUAUUCAUGCUGGACAAGAUCACGUUGGCGACGGAGCUGUAUGACGAGCUGGCAAAGGGGUGGACGGUGAUUCCCCUCACCUCGACAACUCGCGAGGAAUUUAUUGCCGACUGCAAGACCAAGUACGCCGAGGCGCAAGGCAUCUACCGGCAUUUCAAGGGCGAGUCGAACAAGGUUACCGGCCUGUUCGACCCGGAACUCGUCGCUGCUUUGCCUCCUAAGCUGCAGUUCCUCACGCACAACGGUGCUGGAUACGACCAAAUCAACAUCCCGGCGUGUACCGAACGGAGACUGCAAGUAUCGAAUGUCCCCGUAGCAGUUGACGGCGCAACAGCCGACACCGCCCUCUUCCUCCUCCUCGGCGCAAUCCGACAGUUCGGCCGUGCACAGCACAGCUUGCGAGAAGGCACGUUCAAUGCCGGGCUGCCACUGUCGAACGAUCCGGCGGGGAAGAAGCUUGGGAUUGUUGGCAUGGGCGGCAUCGGACGAGCCCUCGCGCGACGAGCUAGAGCGCUCGGCAUGAGUAUCGUCUACCACAACCGGAAUCGCCUCUCUCCCGAUCUCGAAGACGGCGCCGAAUACAUCUCUUCCCUCGACGAGCUCUUGUCGACAUCCGACGUUGUCUCGCUCAACCUGCCGCUCAACCCAAAAACGAAGCACCUGAUGGGGUCGGAGCAGUUCAAGCGCAUGAAGAAGUCGGCUAUCCUUAUCAACACGGCGCGCGGUGGAGUCGUCGACGAGAAGGCGCUCGUCAAGGCAUUGGAGGACGGCGACAUCGCCUCGUGCGGGCUGGACGUGUACGAGAACGAACCCAAGAUCGACGAGGGACUCCUCCGGCUGGCACGGGAGGGAGAUCCUCGGGUCUUCCUCCUUCCUCACGUUGGGACCGUGACCGUCGAGACGCAGCAGGAGAUGGAGGCGGUCUGCCUGCGACAACUCGACCACGGCUUCAAGACUGGCAAGCUGGCAUUCUGGGUUCCCGAGCAGAAAGGACAGUUCUAG